GAAGCUAUUGCGCUUUGUUUCGCUGCCUUGCUCGCUGCGUAGUUGCCACAAACGGGCUUGGGGUCGAGGAGGUGCGAAAUCCCGAACUCGCACAGACUUCUGCAGCGGAGUGAAGGGAGGCGCAGCUUCGCAGUUAGGGCUGCGCUUGGCCUCCCCGCGGCCUCACGACAUACAGAAGGUCAAAGUGAACGCGACGGAGCACAGCGGCUGGGCUCAGGAGCGUCCUACGAGGAGUCGGCAUCAGCGGCAUUUCGAAUCUGCCCUCUCCGCGCUCGCACCUGGAGCGUCGCCGUAACCCGCUGCUGAGCGCGCUGGGUUUAGCUAUAUCAUAGGUGUAUUGGGCUCUCAGGCACCUGCGAAAAUCGUGCCGGUGAGAAGCUUCGGCUUGCACAGGCACGGCGUGCCUCCUGAACCCAGCUUGGUCCCGCGCCCACCACCUCCCUUUCCCCUCGCACCCCGCAUCCGCCCCUCCCCACACUGCUGCCAUCCGUCGAUUCCAUCAUGUGUUGUGGCAAUCAUCACCUCCUCAAAAACCGCUUCAUUUGCCCCUCAUCCUCGCCACGCACUGUCAACCUGGCCGCCUCAAUGGUCGUCCUCUUCAGUGCAGCCCUGCAGUACAACUCGCUGCUGGCCGCCAGUGGCCAGGAGGAUGCGUUGCCUCCACGCGCUCCUUCAGGGCACGGCCUGCAGCUGCAGAUUAGUGCGCGCUAAGCUCACUAGUCUUCUUGUUCUUGAUUGUAGCCUGGGCUUGCAGCGCACAGUUGCGAGCCAUUAGACAGCAGACACGGCGGCGCUCAGACUCCCGCACCGCCACGGCCUCGGGGAGGCUUGGGGUUGCCCUUGGGUUUCGUGCCGGUGCUGGGCGUGCUGGGGUUGGGCUCCAUGGAUCCGGCCUGCACGUGUCG